AUGGAAUUCAAGGGAUACAGUUCACUGUGGAAAGCAGUUAUUAGACCACCAAGACUAGAGUACGCAAUCAGCGAUCUUGGACCAGAAGUCUUUGAAUUAAAUCAUGUAGUGUACAAGAGAACCGAUGUUAUUCUGAACAACAAAUUCGGCUUUAAAAUCCAUUGCUCGCAUUUCGAGCCUGAAGAAACUUAUAGAUCUUGGGAGGAAAUGCCUUGUGUUGUUUACAUGCACGGUAACAGUUCUUCAAGACUUGAAGCACUUGAAGCAUUGCCUUAUAUAUUGCCAGCAAAUAUUACUCUGUUCUGUUUUGAUUUCGCAGGAUGCGGAAUAUCUGAAGGAGAAUAUAUAUCUUUGGGGUGGCAUGAGAGAGAUGAUCUGAAUAUUAUUGUUGAAUAUUUAAGAAAUGAGAGAAAAGUCUCUACAAUUGGACUUUGGGGUAGAUCUAUGGGUUCAGUCACAGCUUUGCUUCACGGUGAUAGAGAUCCAAGCAUAGCUGGUAUGGUCCUGGACUCUCCCUUCUCUAAUAUGAAGAUUUUGGUAAAUGAAUUAGCCAAGUAGUACACUAAAAUCCCUUCAUUUUUAGUCAGUGGAGCUUUGAAAAUAGUUAAAAGCACUGUCAAGUCAAAGGCGAAAUUCGAUCUUGACGAUCUCUCUCCAAUUGAUCAUGUGAGUGAAUGCUUCAUCCCAGCAAUGUUCGCUUGCGCCAACGGAGACGACUUUAUCUAGCCACAUCAUACUCAGGACUUAUUCAAUAAGUAUGCAGGCGAUAAGAACAUCGUUAAAUUCGAGGGAGACCAUAACAGUAUGAGACCAGAAUUCUUCUUUAACUCUGUUGUGAUAUUCUUCCACAACACACUUCAAGUAGAAUCGCUCUUACGAGAGGAUAACAAAAUAUCAUCCUCAAAGAAAAAAAGUAGCAAUGAUUUUGAAGGAGAUGAUGAUUAUCUGGGUGGAUCUGGAUAAAAUAUGCUUUUCUAAUCGAUAGGCAGGUCAAGUAAUAUGGGAGCUAAUCCUUUCGGACAAAGCAUGGGAGACGCUCACUUUUCAAAUCAUGAUGAAGAUAACGAGGAGGAAAUUCUAAGGAAAAUCAUGGAGAAUUCCAUGAGAACUCAUUAAGAGGAAGAAUCAAAGCGUUCUGGUAGAAUCAGCAGUAGAAGCUAGCAAAUGCUAAUACUUAAACUUCUUCUUUACAAGAUAAUAGCAACAAUAAUCAGCAUCCCUAAAUUUGAAGCAAUCUCCAAACUAGAUAACUUUGCUUUUUAAGCUAAGCGCCAUGGAGAAUCUACCAGAGCCUGUAUUAAGGAAUUCCAUUCUAGGAGUGAUUUGACCUGGGAAAUCCUUUUUGUUCUAUUCUACAAAUUGAACCAUAACCUCUUUGGUGAAGUACUUCUACCUGGCUGGGACUACAAUAGCCAUUGCGGCUACUAGCGACUGAGCACAGAGCAUUAUCACUGCUAAGAUUAUGCAUGGAUACUCGUUUGGAAUCUAAAACUGUAUUGUUUGAGAUCAUUUGAAGAGGUUCAAAAGACUAAUGAAUAUAUGGAGACCCACUUCCUCAAACAGAAAAUGUAUGCGACUUCUGAAAACAAUGUAGAAAGUAACUUCUUAUGGGUGGACUACGCCUCCUACCUUAUUGAAAGAGCUGAGAACAAAGACCUGUAGUUCCUUACCUCCUAAUUCAUCAGAAAAGUCAACAACAAUAUUUCAUGUCUUAUGACUCUAGCUCUACUUGACUUGCCCUUCAAUGCAGAGCAACAUCAAUAUAAGACCAAUGAAGGCAGAGGAUUGCUUUAAUAUCUAUUCAAGAAGGAAGUUAGAGAGGCACAAACUGAUAUCACUAAUGAUAUCUUGGUUAUCCACAGAUACCAAAAUCCUCUUAACUAAACUGAGAGCUCUCAGACUCUUCCUGAGGAGUUUUUGACUAACAGAGCAUACUAGUGUGAAGUUAUUAUGACUAAUGUCUCACCUUAAAAGAAAGAAUUCUCAAUGCUUUAUCAAAUACCUCAGGGCUCUUUGCCACUUCAGAAAGAUAAGUACAUGAAAUCCAUUCCCUAGACACUUACUCCAUACACAACGAUCAGGCUGACCUUCCACUUUUACUUCCCUCAAGCUGGAAGUUUCGUGCACUUCCCUUCAAAUAUUUCAGAAGAUCAAAAAGUUAUAGCCAGAGCAGUUUCAAAUAAGUUAGUAGUCGUUGACAAAUUCUCUACCAAGAAGAAGGAGACUUUCAGAGACAUCAUCUAAAAUGGAAACAAGGACGACAUCAUUGAAUUCCUAAGAACUGCUAAUUUAUUCAACGGAGAGAGAGGCUUCAACCUCUAAGAUAUGAUGUGGAUGCUCAAAGACUAUGAAUUUUUCAUAAGAGUUACUCAAACACUGAGAGAGAGACUUAUAUUCUUUGAUUAAGUAUGGAAGUAUGGAAUAUACCACAGAGAGGAAUAAGCUAUUAUAGAGCUACUUAGUAGAGGUAAUGGUAUUCAAGUAAAAGAGACUUUAGGAGAGUACUUUUAAUCUAAGCUUUUGAGUGUUAAUCUGGUCUAGAAAGAAAUCAAGCACUUGGACUAUUAUCCUAUUAUCAACUCGAGAGCUCACUAAGUUGGUGAUACCCAGAAUUGGACCUUAAAUGUUAACCUUAGGAACACAUAUAACAGACUAUUAUCAGUCUUGAUACAGAAACCAAGUCUUAGUAUCUCAGAUAAAAUGCAGCUGGUCUAUUACUUCCAACUCUAAGAUAGAAUCAAUGAGGCAAUCAAAUUAUUCUAAAGCAUAGAUAUAAAUGAAACUGUAGAUGAGACACUGAGAAUCUAACAUGAUUACUUGAAGGCAUACUUUGACUUCUUUACUGGACAAUCUGAGAGCUUUAUUACCGCCAGAUCUAUAGUAAGGAAAUAUGAAGACUAUCCUGUGAUUUCAUGGAGGAUGGCAUUCCUCGAAAUUCUCGACUAGCUUAAUGAAUAUGAUGGAGAGAUUGAGGAGUACAAUGAGAUAGAUGAGGAUAAUAUGACUGAAGAGCAGAAGAAGCAGAAGUAUAAGCAGUCAAUCAGAAAAGAGCCAAGACUUGAAGUAGACAUCUCAACUGAAAAGAGGCAAAUAGUCUUAGAAGUAGCAAAUAUUAAAGCAGUCAGCAUUAAGUUCUAUAUUAUUGAUGCUGAGAUCCUAUUCUCUAGAACCCCGUUCCUUAAAGAAAACACUGAAGAGUUCUCAUACGUAAAGCCAUGCCAUGUGAUUGAAAGAGACCUUAACAAUGUGGAUCUUAACUCUUCAAUUGAUACUAUAACCUAUCUAUAACAACCACAAAGAUUUGAACUUGACAUUCCAGAAAACCUACAAAAUCACAAUAUGGUAAUUGAAAUAAGUGGAGAAGGCAAACAGAUCUUCAAGACUUAUUACUAGACAUAGAUCAAGGUAAACAUUCUUGAAGCAUAUGGAGAACUCAAGGUAACUGAUUGCAAUGGAGUUCCUCUGUCUAAGGUCUACGUAAAAGUAUUCUAUCAGAAGAAUGGUCAACCAGCAAGCAUCGCUGCAUUUUACAGAGAUGGUUACACAGAUAUCAGAGGUAAAUUCGAAUAUGCUCAAUCAAGUGGCAACAAACUCAAAGAAGUAGCCAAGUUUGCCAUUCUAGUGAUGAGUGACACUCUAGGUUCUGUGAUCAAGGAGUGUAAUCCACCUAAGAUGAAUGCUGUGUCUAAGGAUGUUGAAAUUCUUGUCGAUGGAGGCAGUCAACAGUCAAUGAUGAAGCAAGAAAGAGUUCUAAAGAAUAUCAACUGGCACAAAGCGAACUACAAGAAAUGA